GGCUAGGGCAAGGGUUUCAAGAUGGCGAGUGAAGAAGUGUGUGCUCCUUCGAGACAACCUGGACAAAGUGCGUGUGCUCAUCACCCAGGUAGAACUUUGACACUGUUUUGUGAUUUGUGUAAGGAUCUAGCUUGUUUGACAUGUCUGUCUACUGUACACAAGGGCCAUGAGAUGCGUGCACUGAGCGAUCUUACUACAUCGACACGGGCAAAGAUUCAACAGUACAUAGAUACCACGGAGGAUAGGCAGUGCUUACAACUCAUUCAGUGUCUAACGUGGGCGGAGGACGAACUUAUGCAGACGUCUCACAGGUACGAUCGACUUACAGAGAAGAUUGUGCAGCAGGGGAAGGCAUUGAAACUCAAAAUCGACGUUAUCACUUGCAUGUCCAAAGGUUUGUACAAACAGUUAGAAGAGGAAAAUAAAAGAAAGCUACAAAUUUACAUUACCGACCUACAUACUCGUCUGGAUGCCGUGAAUGACAACUUAAGAAAUUGUAAACAUAUACUUGCGGAGGGAACAGACAUUCAGACUUAUGAUACUGGGUAUGAACUUAUAACCAAACCAAUACAACCCCUUCCGAUACAGCCUUCACGUCAUUGUUUCACAUUUGUUCCUAAUGAAGCCCCCAGUAGCUGUCUGGAGAAAGCCUUUGGCGAAUUGACAACUUCGGCCGAACAUAAACCCCUGAUUCACACCGAGAAGAUGAUGGAGUUCAAAUCUGAAGAUUUCAUCAGUUCUAUUUGUCCAAACCGUGACAAUGGUGCAUGGAUUUGUAACCAUGGAAACACAGUGACACUGCUGGACAAACGUGGAAAAACGGAAACAGUGUUGCAGUACAAAGGACCAAUCAGAGAUGUCCAAAUAUCGCCCAAUACACAGAACCUCUGGUUGUGUUCGGAUGAUAACUUCGAAAUCAUGGAAUGCGACACAUCAUUGAAACAGACAACCACCAGAUUUACUCCAGAUUCCAAGGUCUACUGUCUUUGUGUUACAGUAGAUGAACACAUUCUGGUUGGAUCGUCGAAAAAAAUCAUGAAAUACACCCCCUGUGGCACAAUCCUGCUCACUUCUGGAAAGGCAACAACCAAGACCUCUUUCUUCAAACGUAGUGCACCGCUAGUCCGCUCAGCAUACCGGAUGUCAGAGUGCGGUAUCACCAGACACGUUGCAGUGAUGGACAUGGAUAAGGAAGAGGAUGGAGGUCAGUAUCAAAAACAGGUGCUGGUCAUUGACAAGGAUUUCCAAGAGCUCUUUCGUUACAAAGGAGAUCUUCCUCACACCCGAGGGGGCUGCAAGAUGGACAAUCCAUUCAGCCCUUGUGAUGUCCAGUUUGACACUUUUGGUCACCUCGUGAUCAGUGACAGGGCCAACGGAUGUAUCCGCCUUCUUUCUGGUGAUGGACAGUUCAUUCGGUUACUCCAUGUCGACGCAAUUGAUGCUGGAGUUAUUGGCAUUGAUCACAAAAAUGUUUUAUGGGCAGUGUUCGGACAGAAACUUCAUCUUGGUUACGAUAUCCUGAAGGACUAGGGAAGGGAUGAAGUCAGGAUGGUUGAUACAUCAUCUUGGUUAAGAUAUCCUGAAGGACCGGGGAAGGGAUGAAAUCAGGAUGGUUGAUACAUCAUCUUGGUUAAGAUAUCCUGAAGGACCGGGGAAGGGAUGAAAUCAGGAUGGUUGAUACAUCAUCUUGGUUACGAUAUCCUGAAGGACCGGGGAAGGGAUGAAAUCAGGAUGGUUGAUACAUCAUCUUGGUUAAGAUAUCCUGAAGGACCGGGGAAGGGAUGAAAUCAGGAUGGUUGAUACAUCAUCUUGGUUACGAUAUCCUGAAGGACUGGGGAAGGGAUGAAAUCAGGAUGGUUGAUACAUCAUCUUGGUUAAGAUAUCCUGAAGGACCGGGGAAGGGAUGAAAUCAGGAUGGUUGAUACAUCAUCUUGGUUACGAUAUCCUGAAGGACCGGGGAAGGGAUGAAAUCAGGAUGGUUGAUACAUCAUCUUGGUUAAGAUAUCCUGAAGGACCGGGGAAGGGAUGAAAUCAGGAUGGUUGAUACAUCAUCUUGGUUACGAUAUCCUGAAGGACCGGGGAAGGGAUGAAAUCAGGAUGGUUGAUACAUCAUCUUGGUUAAGAUAUCCUGAAGGACCGGGGAAGGGAUGAAAUCAGGAUGGUUGAUACAUCAUCUUGGUUAAGAUAUCCUGAAGGACUGGGGAAGGGAUGAAAUCAGGAUGGUUGAUACAUCAUCUUGGUUACGAUAUCCUGAAGGACUGGGGAAGGGAUGAAGUCCAGGUUUGAUUGACCUGUAAGAAAAGCUGUAAACAUGAUUUA